CGGAGGUGGCGGCCGGGCGGGCACCGGCGCCGGCGGCUGUGUCGGUUGGCGGCGCCGAUGGGCGGUUGGUAGCCGCCGCCGAGGACGAGGCGGCGGCGGAAGAUGGUGCCGGGUGCCGCGGGCCCUGCUGCUGCUGCCGGCGGAGGAGGAGGCGCCGCCCGUUCACUGAGUUUCACCAGUAAUGCCAUUCAGUUGCCAAUAUCAAGCAAAACAAACAUAAGCCACUUUUAUUCUGCUUUUUAAGGAAAGUGGUAAUCUCUUUCACAGUGCCUGACGUGACCGUAUCAGAGUGUGAGGUGCAAGCUCACAGAAUCCAGAGAAGUCAUCAUGAAGUUAUAUGUGUUUCUGGUUAACACUGGAACUACCCUGACAUUUGACACUGAACUUACAGUGCAAACUGUGGCCGACCUGAAGCAUGCCAUCCACAGCAAGUACAAGAUCGCUAUUCAGCACCAGGUGCUGGUGGUCAACGGCGGAGAGUGCAUGGCUGCAGACCGGAGGGUGUGCACCUACAGCGCGGGGACGGACACAAAUCCAAUUUUUCUGUUUAACAAAGAAAUGAUCUUAUCUGAACGUCUACCUGCUAUUCCUAAAACUACCUUUUCAACAGAAAAUGACAUGGAAAUAAAAGUUGAAGAGUCCCUUAUGAUGCCUGCAGUUUUUCACACUGUUGCUUCAAGGACACAACUUGCGGUGGAAAUGUAUGAAGUUGCCAAGAAACUCUGCUCGUUCUGUGAAGGUCUGGUCCACGAUGAGCACCUGCAGCACCAGGGCUGGGCUGCGAUCAUGGCCAAUCUGGAGGAUUGUUCAAAUUCCUACCAAAAGCUACUUUUCAAAUUUGAAAGUAUUUAUUCAAAUUAUCUGCAAUCCAUAGAGGACAUCAAGUUAAAACUUACUCAUUUAGGAACUGCGGUCUCAGUGAUGGCCAAGAUCCCGCUGUUGGAGUGCCUGACCAGACACAGUUACAGGGGAUGUUUGGGAAGACUGGGCUCCUUACCUGAACGCGAAGGCUCAGAAAAGGCGGAGGUGAAGACCUCCGCGGAACUGGUGCUGUCUCCCGAAAUGCCUGCAACGACGAACAAAUCCUCGUCAGCCUCAUGUCACAAGUCCAUGGAACACGUAGCCCCAGACCCCACAGAUGCUGAAAGUGGAAAGGAAAUUAGGGAAUCUUGUCAAAGUACUGUCCAGCAGGACGAAACUUCAGUAGAUGCUAAAGAUGGCGAUCUGCCUUUUUUUAAUGUUUCUUUGUUAGACUGGAUCAAUGUUCAGGAUAGGCCUAAUGACGUGGAAUCGUUGGUCAGGAAGUGCUUUGAUUCCAUGAGCAGGCUUGAUCCACGGAUUAUUCGACCAUUUAUAGCAGAAUGCCGUCAAACUAUUGCCAAUCUCGAUAAUCAGAAUAUGAAAGCCAUCAAAGGGCUGGAAGACCGGCUGUACGCCCUGGACCAGAUGAUCGCCAGCUGCGGCCGACUCGUCAACGAACAGAAAGAGCUUGCUCAGGGAUUUUUAGCUAAUCAGAUGAGAGCUGAAAACUUGAAGGAUGCAUCUGUGUUACCUGAUUUGUGCCUGAGUCACGCAAAUCAGUUGAUGAUUAUGUUGCAAAAUCAUAGAAAACUGUUGGACAUUAAACAGAAGUGUACCACUGCCAAACAAGAACUUGCAAAUAACCUGCAUGUCAGGCUGAAGUGGUGUUGCUUCGUGAUGCUUCACGCUGACCAGGACGGAGAGAAGCUGCAGGCUUUGCUGCGCCUCGUGGUGGAGCUGGUGGAAAGGGUCCGCACUGUGGAAGCCCUGAGCACGGUUCCUCAGGUGUACUGCUUAGCUGUUGUCGAGGUCGUGAGGAGAAAAAUGUUCAUAAAACACUACAGGGAGUGGGCUGGUGCUUUAGUCAAGGACGGAAAGCGAUUAUAUGAGGCUGAAAAGUCAAAAAGGGAAUCCUUUGGGAAAUUAUUUAGGAAGUCUUUUCUAAGAAACCGUCUGUUUAGGGGACUGGACUCCUGGCCCCCGUCCUUUUGCACACAGAAGCCUCGAAAGUUUGACUGUGAACUUCCAGAUAUUUCACUAAAAGAUUUACAGUUUCUGCAAUCACUUUGUCCGUCUGAAGUUCAGCCAUUCCUCAGGGUCCCCUUGCUUUGUGACUUUGAGCCUCUGCACCAGCACGUACUCGCUCUGCAUCAUUUGGUGAAGGCAGCCCAGAGUUUGGAUGAGAUGUCACAGACCAUUACCGAUCUCCUGAGUGAACAAAAGGCCUCCGUGAGUCAGACGUCCCCCCAGUCGGCUUCCUCACCCCGGACAGAAAGUGCGACAGGCAUGACAACUACUACCUCAGCCCGAACGCCGCCUCCGCUCGCUGUGCAGGACGCCCUGUGUCCCGCGGUGUGUCCCUUAGAAGAACUGUCUCCAGACAGCAUUGAUGCACAUACGUUUGACUUUGAAACCAUCCCCCACCCGAACAUAGAGCAGACUAUUCACCAGGCUUCGUUAGACUUGGAUUCGUUAGCAGAAAGCCCUGAGUCAGAUUUCAUGUCUGCUGUGAAUGAGUUUGUCAUAGAAGAAAACCUAUCGUCUCCUAACCCCAUCAGUGACCCGCAGAGCCCCGAGAUGAUGGUGGAGUCCCUGUACUCGUCGGUCAUCAAUGCCAUAGACAGCCGGCGCAUGCAGGACACGGGCGCGCGCGGCCCGGAGGACCCGGGCGGCCGCGCCGCCCUCAGCGAGCGGCUGGAGGGCUGUCGGGCCUCGGCCCGCGACUCGCGCCUCAGCCUGCAGGGCCUCAAGGAGGAUCUGGGCCGCCUCCGGGCGUUCGUGCAGAAGGAGCAGUGCGACUUCUCCGACUCUUUAACGUGUACAGCAGGAGAAAUAAGGAACGCUAUUGAGAAAGUAAAGUACGCCUUGGAAAUAACACUAACUGAAAAGCACCAGGAGGAGCUGCGGUCGCUGCAGAGCGACUACGAGGGCAGGCUGGCCGCGCUGGUCCGGGAGGGCGAGGAGAGCGCGCGCAGGAUCAGCCAGCUGAAGGGGGACCUGCUGUGCCUGGAGGAGGUGUUGCAGAACAAGGACAACGAGUUUGCGCUGGUCAAGCACGAGAAGGAGGCCGUCGUCUGCCUGCAGAACGAGAAGGAGCAGAAGCUGCAGGAGCUGGAGGCGCGGCUGCGCGCGCAGCACGGCGAGGUGGAGGCGCUGCGCCAGGCGCGGGAGGCGGCGCGCGAGGAGCUGCGCGGGCAGCGCGCGCUGGGCGAGGAGCGGCUGCGGCUGCUGCGGGCCGAGCUGCAGGGCCUGGAGCAGAGCCGCCGGCGCGAGCUCGAGGGCGCCCUGCAGCUCCGGCACGCGCAGGAGUUCCAGAAGCUGGCGGCCGACCACCAGGCUCGCUUGGAGAAACUGGAAAAGGAAAGUCAGCAGAGAAUUGAGCAGAUGCAGGAUUCCCACGCCGCGGUCAUCCAGGAAAAAGAACAGCAGCUCCAGGAGUUGAAACUCAAGGUGUCAGAUUUGUCGGACAUGAGGUGUAAGCUGGAGGUUGAACUCGCGUUGAAGGAAGCAGAAACUGAUGAAAUAAAGAUUUUGCUGGAAGAAAGCAGAGCCCAGCAGAAGGAGACCUUAAAGUCUCUCCUUAAACAGGAGACAGAAACUAUGAGAACAGAGAUCCAGCAACUAAACCAGAAGAUUCAGGAUAAUAAUGAAAGUUACCAGGUGGGCCUGGCGGAGCUGAGAACUUUAAUGACAAGUGAGAAAGACGAGUGUAUUUCCGAGCUGGUCAGCAGACACGAGGAGGAGUCCCGCGUGCUCAGGGCCGAGCUGAGCAGAGUGACGUCCUCGCAUCAGCAGGCGUGUGAAGUAGAAAAGAGCCUGAAAGGAGAGCUGGCCGAGCUGCAGAGGAAGCUGGACUCAGACUUGAGUGCUCUUGAAAAAGAAAAAGAUGAAAAAAUCGCCCAGCAGGAAGAGAAGUACGAAGCUAUUAUCCAGAAACUUGAGAAGGACAGAGAGAAACUUGUCAUGAGCCAGGAGCAGGAGAGAGAACAGCUACUGCAGAAGCUCACUUGUGAAAAAGCAGCAGCCGUUCAGACUGCCCUGGAAGGACUGAAGUUGGAAAGAGAAGCUGUUGAGAAAGAAUUAAUAGAAAAAGUCAAACAUCUUGAGGGGCAAAUAGCAAAAAGUCAUGCCAUUGAAUCUGCCAGAGAAGAUUCUUCAAGCCUAGUUGCUGAACUUCAAGAAAAACUGCAGGAAGAAAAAGCUAAGUUUCUAGAACAACUCGAAGAGCAGGAGAAAAGAAAGAAUGAAGAAAUGCAAAAUGUUCGAACAUCUUUGAUCGCGGAACAGCAGACCAAUUUUAACACUGUUCUGACGAGGGAGAAGCUGAGGAAGGAGAACAUCAUCAACGAGCUGAGCGAUAAGCUGAAGAGCGCGACGCGGCAGCAGGAGCGGGACAGAGAUCUGAUAGAGUCCCUGUCCGAGGACCGGGCUCGCCUGCUGGAGGAGAAGAAGCGGCUGGAGGAGGAGGUGGGCCGGCUGCGCGCCGGCGGCCGCGUGCCCUCGCCGUGCGCGGCCGCAGCCCCGGAGCUGUGCGGGGCCUGCGCGCCGGAGCCCGCGGGGGAGGCGGAGCGGCCGGCCCCGGAGGCGCAGGACGAGGGCCGCGCGGACCCGGCGCUGGAGACCAGCACGAUGUCGGUGCAAGAAAAUACCCACGUGCUGUCUGAAAAGCAGAGGAUAAUGCUGUUAGAACGAACACUACAGUUGAAAGAAGAAGAAAACAAGCGGUUAAAUCAGAGACUGAUGUCUCAGAGCAUGUCUUCAGUGUCCUCAAGGCAUUCUGAAAAGAUAGCUAUUAGAGACUUUCAGGUGGGCGACCUGGUUCUCAUCAUCCUGGACGAACGCCAUGACAAUUACGUGCUCUUCACCGUCAGCCCCACCUUGUAUUUCCUGCAUUCGGAGUCUCUGCCUGCCCUGGACCUCAAACCAGGCGAGGGUGCUUCGGGCGCAUCUAGAAGACCGUGGGUGCUUGGGAAAGUGAUGGAGAAGGAGUACUGUCAAGCCAAAAAGGCACAAAACAGAUUUAAAGUUCCUUUGGGGACAAAGUUUUACAGAGUGAAAGCUGUGUCGUGGAACAAAAAAGUUUAAUUUAUGGAAGAAAUCAAGACAUUCUGUGACAUUUUUCUGAUUUGUCCAACAGUGCUCAUCCAUCACUCCAAAAACAUCAGGCCAUCUUUUUAUAUAAAAGUCAACACGACAGUGUGCUUCAUUGGUGUAUAUCAUUUACUUUUUACCUGGCUACAUUUUAGGAACAAUAAAUUCGUCAAAACUGUUGGCUGAAUUAAAAUGGUUUGUUUUUGUUUUUCUACCUGAGUAACUCUAGAAAUGCGGACCAAACUAGUUCAUUUUCUCAAAGGGCAUACCCGUGCAUUGUGGCUUACGGUUAGCCAUGUUGAUUGCCUGUUACAUAUACAUUAGCUUGAACUUAGAUAUUAAAUGUUAGUUAUUAUUACCAGCAUUUGUCCUUUUGUGAAAUCAAUGAAAACUUGCACUCUUUAACACAUUUAUAAAAUGUAUAAAUUCUUCAAAACUAUUUAAAGAGGAGUGUUACUGCAUGCAGAUAAUCAUAAUUUUGAGUUUGCCUCUGUAGAUUACUAAAGCAAAUUGUUUCAUUUAUUUUUUUAAAUGCCCUUUGAUGUUUCAAAACAAAAAGGAACUCUAAUUUGAUUGACUGACUUUAAGAUCAGCCGUAAUCAGCAGUCUGCGGAAGCGCUUUGCGCAGAGGGGCCGCUGGGUUCUGCAGGGCAGGGUGUGUGCUGGUGGAGCUCCUGGGGCAGCACACGGGCUUUCCCGGCGUCUUCGCUGUUCUGUUAGGAUCGUCGUGCCGAUGACGUUAUCUGUGGUUGGUUCAGUUUCAGGAAAAACGUGCUCAUUGUAUAUUAACCACUUAGAGGUCAUCUGAAUAACAUGUUGUAUUGUAAAAGACGUAGAAUUUUACAACAAUAAAGAUUUGAACCUGUAAA